AUGGCGGCGAGGCAAUUAUCUGCGGCGGGUGGUGCGAAGAAGCGGGCGGGCGGGGCUGGCACGGAUGCGCAGUGCAAGCGGCUGAAGCAGCUAUCGCUCUUCGGAAUGCUGGCAGGCAAGAAGCGCGCCGCCGCCGAGCUGACGUCGGACACGGCCGUUGAGCUCACUGGUGGCCCGUCGGCCGCCACGAAAAGCACUGCGACUCCUGCAGCGACCCACCGCGCCCUCAACGGCUCUCCCACUCCCGACGCAGGCAAUCAAACCAAUUUCGUUGCAGCAAGGGAGGCUGUGACGAGACAAGGCGAAUGCGACGUGGGCGCGGGGAAUGGGAUCGAAAAAAUGUUUCCCGCGUAUUGGACCAUCGCAGGCGCGUGCAGAGGCGCGUCCGCGGAGCGAUGGGGCGACCGCAAGCGGCGCAACAGGAGGCUGAGGCAGUUGGGGGACGCGCAGCCUCACGCGGAGGAAGUGGGCGGCAGCGGCGGUGGGGAGAGCAGCAGCAGUUCGGAUGGGCGGUGUGACUCACAAGGGGGGGAGAUGGAGGAGACUUGCCGGAGAGGCGAGGCCGUACGUGUUAGUGGUGCGGCGCAGCGAGGAGACGCUGACGUGGGUGAUGGCGCCACGGAUUGCGGGGGGCCGACGCAAGAGGGAGAAGAAGGGCAGAGGCAGGGCAUGCUGCAGCGGCGUGGUGUGUGCUCGCACGCUCACGAGCCCGCCAUGCCGCACGCGUCGCCCGCUGCUGCUGUGCCGUCCAGUGUAGCGCCCACGGCCGUCGCGCUCAGCGUCGGGGAGCAGGGGUGCGGGAACGCAUUGAAGGAAAUUUCUGGCGGAGGUGCGCGUGAGGGAAGCGCGCGCGGGGAAACCGGGGACGCGCACAGAGAGGACCGCCAAUGCGCGGGAGGAGGCGAGGGCAUUGGGAGUGGUGGUGGAGGGCGGAAUGCAGAGGCGAGGGAGGCAGUGGGCGGAGCGAGAGAUGGACGGUCAAACGACGCAGCUGGCGGAGAGCGAUCUGCUGGCUGUGGCGGGGAUGCGGGCGGUGGUGCGCGUGCUGCUGUGCAGGGCGGAAAAGCAGCGCGCGCACAUGGCGCGGUGGGGAGUGACCCAGCGCCAUGUGCUGUGCGUGGUGAUAUGACGGCACGCGCGCACGAGGAGGCGACGACUCGCGAGGUGGUGCAUGAAGCGACGGAUGAGAGGGCAGGACGCGCACAGGCGAGCGUGGAUGAGCGAAGAGCGGAGCAGGAGCACGCGGAGGAAGAGGAGGAGGAGGAGGAGGAGGAGGAAGAGGAGGAUGAUGAGGAGGAGGAGGUUGAGGGAGGCGAGGAGAGCAGCGAGGCAGGUGCAGCGGAGGGACCACUGACGGAGUACGAGAAGCGGCGGCUGGCGAACAUACGGCGCAACCAGCAGCUCAUCCUGGCCCUCGGCAUCGAACCUCUCGUCCCGCGCUGCCCGCCGCCACCCGCGCCCACGGGCCAGCCUGGCAGCUGCAGUGGCGACGGCGGCGGGCGCAGCAAGAAGCGGCCGGGCAGGGCGGGUGGCGGCGUGGACGUGGUCGGGUACACGGGGGUCCGGCGCAGCUCGCGGCUGAGGGGGAAGCCGCAGGGGGAGGGCGGAGAGGGACGCGGAGGCGAUGGGGGGAAGCAGGCAGAGGGCGGGGAGGGACUGGGAGAGGGCGGACAUUGGGAGGGUCAUGAGGAGGACUGCAGUGUGGAGGAUGACGUGGCGUAUGGUGACUCGUCCGUGGUGAAGUACCUGUGCCGUGUGCUCGGGGGUGCAGGGGCGCAGGAGGAGCGCGAGGGACAAGGGUUGCGCGCAGGCGAAGGAGGUGGCAGCGGAGGGGAGAGUGGAACCUGCGUGCAGGCAGCAGUGAGCGCGGCAGGAGGGGAAGGAGAGAAUGGGGUGAGUGGCGAGGUUGGUCCUGUGAAGGGAGCCCUCACAUCACCACCCCAUGGAUGCAACGCAACAGAAGCCAUGCCUGCAUCGGAGUCCAUAGCGCUGGGGUUGGUGCAGGGCGCGCACAUGCAGGACGGGCGGCUGAGCAGAAUCUACAGCGUGCACGUCCUGCCCAUGGCCGCACGCGCACCCGCUGCCCAGUGCGUGCAGGGGCGUGAGAGCGGGAGCAGCGGUGGCAGUGGGUGCUACCUGCUGGCAGCAGGGGGGCAUCAGGGCCGCAUUGCAGUGUUCGGUGCGACAGGCACGCGGGGAGGGGAUGCAGGGGACGUGGGAGCGGGAGGUGCCAAGGGAAGAGUGUGGUGGUCGAUGGAGGGAGGGGUAGAGGAGGGGGAGGAGGGAGGGGGUGACGAGGUGGCACCACUGCUGUCAUGGAAGGGCGGGAACGGAUGGAUCUCGCAUGUUCAGUUCCUCUCACAGCAACAACAGGCGGGUGCCACGCUACUGCUGUCCAGCAGCAACGACAGCACCAUCACUCUCUGGGACAUCAACCGCCACCACUGCACCCCUUCUGCCUCCUCCACUCGCCGCCGCCGCGUGCAGGCCUCAGGCUCGCCCAAUGACACGGUGCCACGUGUGGUGUGUGAGCUGGCGGGCGUGCACGGGCAGGGCAUAUUUGGGAUGCACGAGAGGGGGCUGGUCGUGGCAGCGGCGUCCAAGGACAAGACCGUGUCCCUGUGCCGCGUGGGGCCCUCUGCCCUCUCCCUCCUCCGCCUGCUCACGCACCAUGACGUGCCUGUGCGCGCCGUGCACCUCCGGUACACCCUCACGCCACCCGGCCUACAUUGCGCUCUUUGCCCUGCGUUGCAUCCCCGUCCGUCUUGCAAAACACCAUGUUGCACUGCCCUCCAACUUUCUUGCACCGGUUGCAUUCAAUUCUCUCCCGCUCGUCCCUCCUCCCCCGUCUCGCUCCUUCUGUCCCCUCUCGCCCCUCACUCUCUCCCUCAACGGCUCCUAUUCUUCCCUUUCCCCCCGGCUCGUGCAUGUGACAACAGUGACGGGGAUGUGUUGGUGGAUGGAGCAGCAGACGGCAGCAUAGCGGUGGUGGACACGAGGGCAGCAGCACCCGUGGCAGUGGCCCUGCACCACUGCCACUCCUCCCAGGUCAACACCGUGCACUGGCAGCCCUGCACUCCCCUCGCCUCGCCCGCCACCUGCACCACUGACGUUGAUAACCCCACCAGCGCGAGCAGCAGCAGUGGCAGCAAUGUGGUGCUGUCGUCCAGCUUCGACCAUGCUCUGCUCGUGCACGACAUUCGCUCGCCCGCCACUCCUCUCUUCACCCUCUCAGGCCACCACACACACUCCGCCUCGCUAUCAGCGCCCCCUUCCAGCCAAAUACUCCGCCCUGCAUUUGUGGAUGGAGGCAGGUUUGUCGUGGUGCCGGUGCCUCUGGGCAGCACCCGUGGCAGCAGCAGUGGAGGGAGUCGUGUGGCGCUCUACUCCAUGGAGUCAGGCAAGCUCGUCAGCUGCGGUCGCACGCAUGUGGAUGCCACUCUAGCAUUUGCGUUGGAUGGACUGGGCGCGCCAAGUGGAAGGGGUGAUGUGCUGCAGGAUCACGAAGGCAGCCAGGAGAAAACACGGCAGUACUUCGCUACAUUGCCCCCAUGCGCGCGUCCUCUGUUUUCUCCGUCCGCGCCGCCAGCACCCCUUACAAUGAGCGCCGCGCGCCCGCGGCUUGUUGCCACUGCGCUGUCGCUUGUCGUCGCGCUCUCGCUGCUGCCCCUCUGCGCAUGCCUCGCUGAUGCCACCCCCGCGGAGGUCGAUGGGCGGCGGUCGUGUGCCAUCGCCCCUGAAUGCACGUCGCCCGCCGCUCAUGGGGGCGGGAUCGCGCCGCCUGAGGACAUUGAUGCGCCGACUCAGCCCCGCCCCGCGAUCUCGUCCCCCCCCUCCCCUCCUCCGCCUAUUACCUCCGCUUCCCACGGCACCGCCUUUCCUCCGUCUGCGCGCGCGUCCGCCUCCCCCUGUCCCGCCCAUCCCCUGCUCGGCCCGUCCGCCUCUCUCUACGACGUUUUGGCGCUCCCGCGCACCGCGUCAUGGGCGGACGUCCAAUCCGCGCACGACACGUGUCUUGCGAGCUGGUGGCGCGCUUCACCAGCAGAGGCGGCGCAAGUCAGUCGGCAGCGCGCCGUGCAGGUGGAGCAAGCAUACCGGGUGCUGUCCAGUACCAGGCUGCGCCGCCUGUACGACCUGCUGGGGGAGGAUGACGUGGCGCAUGCUGCCUAUGAUGUGGCCGUCACGAGCGGCGGUGGCGGUGGUGGGCGGGCAGGAGAGACACAGGCAGAUGCUGCCAUGGGAGUGGAAAUGGGCACGGACUGGGAGUGCUGCGAGUGGCUGGCUGCUCACAGCAACCACAGUGGGAGCAGCAAUGAGCGCAGCAGGCGCAGUGGCAGCGACAGAAUGGCAGAGCAGGAACAGAGCAUGGCAUCACACUGUGCCAGUCACCUCCACCACCACUCGCUGCCUGCCGUCUGCUGCUCCUCCUCCGCUGCACACCGCCUGCCUCACUCGCUUCCCCUCGCCACCGCCUGUGCCGCUCGCAUCUUCGCCUCCCUGCUGCCGCCCUCCCCUCACACGCUUCACCUCCCCCCAUCGCCUCCGCCCUUGCCCGACACACACGCGUGGCUGCAGCAAUCAACGCCCAUCACAGCGGGCAACAUAGCAGAGGCAGUGUUCGGCAGCCCACACCCCUCGCUGCUGCUGCUGCUCUCCCUCUCCUCCCCGCGCUCCCUUGCACUGCUGCCCGCAUGGUCUGCCCUUGGCGCGCAGCUCAAGGGCAUUGCGCGCCUGGGCCACGUGGACGCAGGGCUUGACACACACGUUGCCCUGCGCCUCGCCCCGCGCACCUGUCUGCCCGCCCACACGCGCUUCCCUGCCGGGCUGCCUGUCGUGCUGGCCCGCCCCACGGGGUGCCGCCACGUGGACUGCCUGCUGCGCCUCCCCACGCGCUCGCCCCGUGCCUCGUGGCUGCGACGGCUCACACGGAAGGGACACGAGGAUGAGGAGGAGGACGGGGAGGAGGGAGACGAGAGAGGGGCGGAGUGGGGAGCCAAGUUGUUAUCAGGCCAUGCGUGGGGCAUGAAAGGGAAGGCGGAUGGUGGCGAUGAGGGGGUCAGGGGGGACAGGGCGGGUGCAUGGCCGGCAGACCCCAUGACUCGCCUGCGUGAGUUCCUGGUGGCAGCGGGGGAGGUGCUGGGGGAUGGGGGAGCACCAGCACACAGCGAAAGUGGUGCUGAGCGCAGUCCUGACGCGCCAUCCGCUGCAUCCCCUCCCGCCCCAUCGCCCUCCGACCCCUCACCACCAUCACACACCAUAGACCCCUCACACCCGAGCCAUAUGCACAAUUCAAACUCCCUGUUCUCCCUCCUCCACCUCGCCCGCUCGUCCCCCUACCACCAUCUGAGAGCCCCCCCUCCACCGCUGCCCUCCCUGCGUCAGCUACGUCGCUUCGCCUUCCUCUCCCUCCUGCGCGUGCCACCCAUCCCUGUGGUGCCGCUACAGCACCUGCCCAUGCGCUUCUUCCGCACAGCCCCCGACCGCACCGUGCGCUUCGUGCUGCUGCUGCCGCGCACGCACCGCCAUGCAUCGCUGGAGGCGCGUUACUGGGCGGGCAGGAGCGCAGGGCGCGUGGCAUGGGUAGCAGUGCCGUGGGAAGAGAGUGAUGCGGCGGCGUGGCAGCGGUGGUGGCGUGUGCAGCAGCCGCCCGCCCUGGGCAUCUACCGUGACCCGGGUGUGGUGCCGCUGGUGCUGCCCGGCCCACUCAACUCCACCGUGCUACGCCAUGCCCUGCUCCACCACUCCUCCUUCCUCCUCCCCCGCCUCUCCGCCUCCUCCGCUGCCCGCCUCGCCUGCGACCCCUCCGCCCGAGAACUCCCCCCGCCCUACUUCCUCUCUCCGCUGCUCUCCCCUCCACCUCACAGGCGGACGGGAAAGCGCGGAGGUGGCAUUGGGGAGGCUGGGCGUGGUGGCAGCACGUGGAGGGAUUAUGAUGCGGGGCAAGCGCUGGUCGACGAGGACACGGCCACCACCUUCCAGUCCCUGCACCACCAUCUCCGCUCCUCGCUCUCCUCCCUGCUCUCCUCCCUGCUCUCCUCCUGCUCCACCGCACUCCACCGUUGCAUCUGCACCUACCUCCUAGGCCCCUUGCUGCUCCUGCUGCCCGAGCACUGGCUGCAUGCGGCAGCUGUGGCUGCAGAAUGGACGGGGGAGGUGGUCGCUGCUGCUGCUGCGGCUGCGAUGGCGGGUGCGGCAGGUGUGGCAGAGGGCGAUGGAGGGUUCCUGCGAACGCUCGCUCUGGCUGUUGCUGCCAGGUGCGUGCUCAAGAUGGUGCUGGCUCGCAGGGGCGGCGGGGACGGUGGUGGUGGCUAG